AAAAAAGAAUUAAUGAACGCGUGUCAUCCUUCUUGGAUCGUCUUCUUGUACUAUAGGUACAUAUUUUGGUAUCUGGUGGUGGUUUUGAGUGCUGGUUUUGGUUGCUGGUUGUGCUGGUGGUGUUGAUACCGGACCGCUGCGCAGUGAUCGAUAUCAAGUAGCGAGCGUCGCGGUGCGGCGCGACGCGAUGCGGCCGAGUAGAAGGGCUCAACGUUCAGUACGACCCGCGCCGUGUUCGCGUCCGUUCGCGUUCGCGUUCUAACGCCGCGCAGCCUCUCAUCCCUGUAAAACUGGGUCAGAUCUCCCACAGAAAAAAAUAAAAGGGACAAAAAAAGAGAGAGAAAGAGCAAGCGAAAGAUAGGAUAAGAGCCGAAAGAUAGCGAGCGAAAGGUCCGCUCACAGCUCAAAUUCCAGACGGCAAAAAAAAAAAAAAAAUAGAGAGAGAGAGAAAAAAAAAAUUAAAACGUCGGCUGAAAAGAAUAUUACAUGGGAAUGAAAAUACAAGAGUUCGCUCACUCUUAUCCAGGUGAUGUGUUGCGAAAAAAACACCUCAACACCUUGAAUGCGGCAAUGGAAUAAAGAAAAGAAAAAUAUGAAGUAAAACGUUACGAUAUAACUCCUAGAGUCGAUUUCAAUUCACUCCGGAGAGAGGUAUAGAGAAAAAAUAAAUAGGGGAUGAAAAAAUAAUACGACGUUCGAUAUUUCUAUGAUACGACCAAUGCAGAAGAUGAUCGCGAGUGAAUAAAAAAUUACUUGACAAUAUUUCCUCACCUUGUCGAUAAUUAUAAUUCAAUGAUAAUAUUUUCGGCGCGCUCUAAUAAUCGUAGAGUGUUGACUAAAUGCGACACGGGAUUUCGAUUGAUAAUGACGUGGGAUAACUCGGACAUCGUAUAGAAAGAGUCGGAUAGGCAAAAAUAAAAUGAUACGAAUUGCUUGUGAAAAAUUAUAUAAUGUAUGACGUUUAAACAGAUUCGGAGUACCAAAAUGAAGUGGAAAAUCAGCCGUGUAAUUUGACCCAAGGGUAUUUCUCUCCCCAGUUGCGGCCACAAACGUUACCCGGUGUAUACCGAAUCAGUAUUCCGAAUUAGAAUUCACCCUGAGUGACGGGAUUAAAGUUUCGAAGGGUUUCAAUAUACGGUCGAGGGUUGUGCUAAAUCUCACAGUACUACACGAGCCCCCAGCCUGCUGAAGAGGAUUUUCAAGGAACGCGUCUUCAAAAUCGCAGAAUGAACGAAAUGUGGAGGACGAUUCUCUUCACUUGCGUUUUCGUCAGGGCAUUAUCUGGCUGUCAACAGAGCGAAUUUCACUGUGGUAACGGGAGGUGCAUACCCCUCAACAGGGUUUGCAACGGCCUCGACGAUUGCGGCGAUUCUACGGACGAGGUUCGACAAUGUUCACCUUGCAACAAAACUUAUUACGGUAACGUUGGUAAAACUUAUGAACUGGAACUUCAUCGACCUAAGGAAGACAAGGUUCCUUAUAUCUGCAAACUCACGUUCAACGCACCAGGAGACAAUUUUGGCGAUAUUGUUCAGCUGACGUUCGACAGUUUCACGUUAGGACGUUUCGUUUCCUUCACGGCAGAAGGUUGUCCCGAUGGUUCCCUGCAAAUUGCGGAAGUCCAACGUCCCGAUGUUGGAGGUUUGUGGUGCGGAACAUCCUGGAGACCUGCAAUUUACUAUAGCGAGACAUCAAGUGUCUCGAUUACCCUGCGUCUCUUGAGGCUCAGUAAGGACCAGACGGGAUACAACUUCGAUUUUAGAAUGGAGUACAAAAUGAUCCGUAAAGUAGACGCCGUCGUCCGAUACGGGAACCCUUUUGUCGGUAUGUCGCAGAUAACUACGGUUUACCCGAUCACGACGUUUCAGCAAACAACAAGCGAGUUUGAAAAUUCAUCGAUGACCGUUUCCGGUGAAACGGCCGCAGAUUCGCACCCCUCAACCCACAGCCAACCAACAAAAUCAAGUAUGGUCGAACAGUACCUCGGGGAUUUAAUCUCGGGGACUUACUGUUCGCGAAUAUUCAGCGACUGUGACAGAAAAAAAUGCAGACUACAAUCUCCUAAUUUUCCGGGAUUAUACCCGAGAAAUCUCACCUGUUAUUACGCCGUGCGUCAGCACGAGGUACCGGAUGGGAAAUACGCGUUGAUUUCCGUGAGGCAGAGUAGAGGACAACUGGUGGCUGUCAGAGCGAGACCAGCGACCCAAGCGGAGCCGCCGCCGAGAGAAUUGCGCCUCUGGCAAGACUGCGACAUCGUCCAGGAUUACGUGACCGUCUACGACGGAUACACAACCAGAGAUCCCGUGAUACUGAAAUUCUGCGGCGGUGGUGAACCGGUCCCGGAGGCCAUCAGCAGCGGGCCAGAACUCCUGGUGGAAUUCACGACGUCACCGUUUGGAACCUUUUUACAUCCUACGCCCCCGCAUUCCCUCCACGGCUUUCAACUCGAGGUCCAGGUGAAAUUCGUCGACAUUAAUUCGUCGACUUAUUCGCGGAACAAGAGAUGCGAAUUUUGGCUACAGGGUAACGGCGGUGGCAUGUUAGCUUCCCCGAGGCAUACGCUUCCCAGAAACAGCACCUGCCUUUAUCAUCUUCAAGGAAUGGGUCCCGUUCAACCGACUCCCACACCCCCUAGACCUUUGCCAAAAUUUCCUGAACAACGGCCUGGAACUGUUUGGAGAAAGCCUGCGCCACGCCCCCCUCAACCGCAAUUUCGGGUCUGGUUAUCCGUGCUUAAAUUUCAUGUUGGAAGCACCAUAAACCCAACCGUCAACGAAGAGGAGUGCGCGACCAGUCUCAUGAUAUGGGACGGACAAAUGCGGCCCCUGACCGAGUGCAAUGAUAUUUUUUGUUUAAGCAGCAGAAGCCAUGAAAAGGAGCGGCAACGUAACGUCGAGAGAACCGGGGAUCCCAUUCAAGCGGUAGCGGCACGCCCCGCAGGAAAUACAUCCCUUUUAGCUAGGUACUGCAAAGACAGAGUACCAAGGACAUGCGAUCAUGCCAUUUUACAGAACACCAGCCGACCUUGUUCCCUCGGCGAAAGUUUUAUCUCAUCGGGAAGCACACUCACCAUAGAACUGAGGAUGGUGGAGUCUACGGCGCUCCGGCCGGUUAAUUUUCGAGCGUUAUACGAAUUCGUGGAUCUCCAUCAAGACGGUGACACAUACGGAAACGGACCCUGUUCCAGGGUAUUCUACAGUCGCAAUCGAGACCAUUAUUCAGACCGCAAGUUUCAGGCGCCUCGCGAUAUCUUUCUUUAUGGGAGAGGUGGAUCGAAGAAUUUGAGCUGCGUCUACCGUUUCGAAGGAGAACACGAUGAGGUCGUAAAAUUGAGAUUCAACAAAUUAUUUAACGGUAACCGAUCUUGUCGGAGCGUUUCCAGCAACGAUUAUAAUCGUCUACUCUGCGUGGGAUCCGACAGCUUUUCCCUCAAGGUCCUGGAAAUUCAUUGGGCCAACAAUCCACCUGUUCAAAGAGACUGUCUUUGUUCGAAUCGUUCUCUUCCCAUCAACGUGAAAUCAACAUCAAACAUAGUCGAAGUGCAUUUCGUCGUGCACAGCAUGGAUGCUCUUGACGACUACAACAAUCUUCACUUCGAGGGUGUUUGGGAAUUUAUUAAGACCGUACCGUGUCUCCGUAAACAACGUGUCACAGGUCCAAGCGGUGAAAUAAUCUUUCGAUCACCGCUCGUUGAACAGGAAGAGAAAAAUUGCGAGAAUCAUCCGUGGAUGAUCGAUCCAGGACCUGGUCAAUAUCUUUACGUAAAAAUGCGGGGAACGAUAAUGAUGAAUGGAACGACAAUUUGCGACACGAGUAACAGAAUUGUUGUGCACACUGGGGGUGUGAUGCACGUAGCCGUGUGUCCAAAACCACCUGUUGAUUUUCGGCACCAUGUAGUAGAAGUUUUCAGCGACGGUUGGGCGGUUGGAAGCAACGCCAUGAUUCUCGCCCCCGGUCAAGAUCCUGCUAGGACGAUCGCGAUUGAAUUCAUUGGAAAAGAAGCCGACUCCUAUUCCGUAACGUGGCUCGAACUGUCCAGGAGGCCCACGGUAACGACGUUAGCGGCUGGUCUCCAGAUGCCGCGAGAUUGCGAACAACGAUGUCCCGAACUUGACGCCUGCAUAAACGCGUCCCUUUGGUGCGACGGGACCUCGCACUGUCCCUCAGGAUACGACGAAGCUUUAACGCACUGUUCGAUGCUGCUUCGACUGCCUCCGCUGCAUCUCGGUUUGGGUCUUCUGGCGAUCGUGUCGAUAAUCAGUGUUCUUGUAUUCGUCACCUGGCGGAUAUGUCGACAGAAAAGGAAUCGGUCAAUAUCCCAGCACAGGCUUAAAAGCAUCUCCUCUGAGACGGCGAUAAUAGACGGAAAGGAAGUGAUAUGCUGACAAAGCGACAGUUCUGUACGAUACGUUGAGGUAGACCGCGUCACUACCGUGUGACGACUGUCAAUAAUGGCAAUGGUUCAACGACACCCGCCGAUCAUCACUUGGAUAACGACCGACCGGCUAUCCGAUUUUAUCCCUUAUAACGAUAAACUAAACAUCAUCGCGGUGUCGGUGAACCCCUCAACGUAUCGUGCAGAACUGAAAUUUGUAAUAUAAAUAUUCUAAUUUUCAACGAAACAAAUAUAAAAGAAAUUUAAAAAGAAAUAUAAUAAAAAAAUGAACGGCUCUCGUCUUUACUCGCUGCUCGAAUCGUUUUCUCUAAAAUUAUAGAGUAAGAGGUUUACUAUCCAGUUUUACUUCAUCGAGUUCCAUAUUUCAUUCUCACAAACUCAAUGUUCAUGAGAUAUAUAUAGACACUAUAUCUAUCGUUGAACUGUAAAUUUUCAAAUAUUAUAUCAUACGAAAUUUAAAACCGAAAAACUGUUCUCGAGGAUUAUUGUAUAGGGUGACUUGACUUCAGCAGAAUUCAUACUAGAUAAUUAUGCGUGAAUUCGCAGAUAUAACUGAAAUAAAAGUUUUAAUUAGGUACUGACCAAGUUGAUACUAUCUAUUAUUAGGACGACAAAAUGACGUGUUUAGGUAAAAAGAAUAAAAAAAUGAAUACAAAAAAAAAAAAUGACUAGGUAUAUACAUAUUAUACAUAUAUAUAUUGAAAGAAAAUACUAAACAUUGAAGUAUCGUAGUUUAAAGUAGCCUCAAAUUAUGUGAUACACGCUGUUUUCCUCGGAGCCCAGCUUGGAUAAUAAUCGUUACGUCUAGGCGAAAUCUAUUGAGAGAUCAUUCGUGUAUAAUAUACAUGCAUAUUAAGAUGAUACAAAUAUAUAGAUAUGUAUGUAUACGUAUACCUGAUAUGUACAUGAACCCCCGGCUGGUGAAAAAUAAUUAUAAUUAUACCGGUAUUGAUCAGUUCCUGCGGAUUCUAUGUAUAAUUGUAUAUAGGUCAUACAUUUGAUUUAUAUUGAAAAUAUCGCCCAAUAUGUCCAGGCCAUAUGAACUUGUAAAUAUUAAAUAUUGUAUUCGUGAAAACACAACGUACACUUGCCUUCACGUGCAUCAACUACGAGCUGAACAAAAAAUAAACGAAUGAACAAAUAAACCGAAAUUAAAAAGUUUCAACAAAUAAAUGAAUAAUAAAUCAAUGAAUAGCCACCGUUUGUUGCGUUGGAUAUUAGAAUUUAUCGACAUUUAUUGGUCGACACAUUUUUUCUACUCCAAAUCAAGAUACGAACAUACGGUACAUUACUGGUGUCUAUAAGUACUUUAAUUUGUCAGUUAUCUGUCUUGCAUUGUGAUGUACGUGUGGUAGGUACUAGGCGAGUUCUGGUAUUCAUGUUUGAUUAUAUUCGGAACAGAUCAAUUGGACAUGCAAGCAGGGUUGUCGAGCCGCUGCUUACUAUCAAUUGAUAAGAACUGUGAAAUAAUAGAUAUACAUUAUACAUAUUGAAGGAAUAAUUGGUUCGUUGAGGAGAGCAUUUUUUCACGAACAGCUAGCCGCGAGCACCGCCAUCUUUUAUCAUCGACAGUGCGUAUACAAUAAUGAUAACGAUAUUGAUAAUAAUAAUGAUAAUAGUAAUAAUAAUAAUAUAUGAAAAACGGGAAUAAAUAAUAACUAAACAUUCAAAAUUUUACGUCACCCAUACAUAAUUACACGUAGUUACCCUUGUUAAAAGAAGACAAUCGUUAAUGUACCCGAGUGUUUCUAUUCUUAGUGGUUAAAAUUAUUCGAAGAGUUUUGACCUAUUGAUAGCUGAUUGAUUGUUUGUUGAUAAAGAGUAAAGUCAACAUAAAUCACAUUAUUCAUAUAAAAGCAAUUCACACCUGCAGUACCUAAUUGCAGUUCACACGUUAUAAUAAUGAAUUUGGAAUAAUGUGACGACAGAACACGUCUAUGUACGGAUCAUGUACGAAUAAUUGAUUACAUGUAAAACACGAAACAUUGAGAAAUGAAUAAAUUCUGCGGCUAUAAAUAACACAUUCAAAAUUCGAAAAUAAUCGAAGACAAAUGAAAAAAGAGAAACGCCGUGUGAAAAAUGCAAUCCGAAGAAUUCUUUUACAUGGUGCUUAGUAGUCACUUGCUCUUGAAAUUAAUCCAUAGAUUGAAAAUCCGAUGAUAUGAUGUAUCAUUUUGUUCGGCACACGUGUUGCGGGGUAUAUACGGUAUAUCCAAAGAGAAUAUAAGAUUAUACAUAGUUAUUUUUUUAUAAUAAAAUCAAAAUAUAUGUAUAUAUAGCACACACAAGCUAUAUAUAUAGAUACACGAAGGCUGGGCAUACGAUAACGUCGUUAUCCCAUGUUCCAUUUUUUUUUUUCAAGUAAGAUGGCAAUUUUCAGAGCAUUUAAUAUGUGUACCAUAAAUCAUUAGAUAAUUAACUCCGUGCACACAAAAACUAAGGAUGAUUUUAAUUCUUCUUUCAUUAAAAAACUGAAAAGUCACUGGACUCUUGAACUAGAUUACUCGAGGUUUAAUUUUUAUCAUGAAUCGAUAGAUAUGUGAUUUGAGCAAUCAUUUUGCCCACUUUCCAGUAUAAAUAUUAUGUGUAAAAAAAUGGUGUAUGAAAUUCCGGUGCAAAAGUUUCAGUUGAUGGUGAUGAAAGAGAUUUACAUGUGACAAUGCUUUCCGAUACUGCCAAUCUUCGACAUAAAUCUUUUCAAGUUGCGAUACUCAAAAUUAUGAGAUACGGAAUGAUUCUAAUAAUAAAAUGAUCAAUAGUUUGCAAAUACGUGUCAAAUAAAUUGAUAUGUAUAGUUAAUUCCAAUUCUUAUAUUGUUGGAAGAAAAUCAUAGAUAAUUAUGCACCCAAGCGUGGUUCUUCGCAUACCAAACGUAAAAACAUAGAAUGACGAUGUAUACAUGUACAUGUACAUAACUGAAUUCAUUGUAUCGAUAAAAAAAAACGAAAAAAAAAACUAACCAUGUAAAGUAAUAAUUCAAUUCAUAUGUAGAUAAUUGUAGUGAUUUUAAUUACAUAUAUUAUAGCAUAAUAUAUAAAUAUAAACCAUAUCUAUGGGCGCGUUGAGGUUUAAAAAAAAAUUAGAUUAAAUUUUCAAAGUUGAAAUGAUGCGAGUUAGGCAAUUGAAUAUGUAUAUGAAAGUUAUGUUUUAUAAAUAAUAUGUAUUAUACAGGUCAAUGGAUCAGAGAUGUUGGUGAAAUUGUAACGAAUGGGAUUAUGAUAAAAUGGAUUCUAUUAUUAUUUUUUUUUUCUGCUCAAUAUUGCAAUCACAAUUAUUUCUAAAAUCGCCUAUUCAUUUAUUAUCCGAUGAUGAAGAGAAUGUUUCGAAUCCUGAAACGCCGUUUAAAUUUCUUACACGCGAUAUUUCUUUGAUUAAUUUAUGAUACAUUAAUAAUUUACAAUACUGGUGGUAUACCGGGCAUUUCAUACCAAAUCACCUAAUCGGCGAACCAUGACCACUUCACAUUUUGCAAUUGAAUAUUUUUAUGGAAAUCUCUAAACUAUCCCGAAAGGGUCAUUGCAUCUAAUGUCGGAAACAUUUAUACAGCCACUUACAUGAAAAGAACGUAUCAAGAUUAUUAUUUUUAAAUUAAACAAUUUGUAUCCCAAUUAAAAUCAAUGGGGUUUCUGCAACGGCUUCGAUCAAAAGUAUGAGAAAAAAUAACACACCAAACACUUGCUGAAAGACUUUUUGACGUAGUUCUUGAGUUGAACGUAUAUUUCAAAAAACUAUAAAAUAGUGAUUUGGCAUAGGAUGUCCGAUACACGUCCUGACAAGGGAUGUAAUUGCAGUGAAUGAUCAUCAAGAAUGGUCAGGAGAUACUGACAAUAAGACACUAGACAAACAAACGAACAAUACAGACAGCCAGGCACGUGCACACAUUAUUAGAGUUAUAAUAAUUAACACAUAUAAGCGCACACGAGCUAUAUAUGUAUGUAUAAUUUAUGUAUAUACACAUAUAUAUAUAUGUAUUUUGGACACUUCGGUAUUUAUAUGUAUAUAUAUAUAUUAUAUAUAUAUGUAUACAUGAAUUAUAUUAAAAAACUAAUUGAAUGAAUACAACAAUAAUAAUUAAUACUAAUUAACAUAUAAACUCGACGCAGUCAGAACGACGACGAUGUUGUAAUAAUAUAAUAUUGAUAAUAAUGAUAAUGAUAAUGAUAAUAAUAAUAAAAACAACAACAACAACAAUAACAAUAACCAUAGUGAUCAAUGAUGACAUUAAAUACAUUGAUAAUAAAUUAACGAUGUAAAUCAAUGAUAACGAGAACAAAAACGACAACAACAACAAUAAUAAUAAUAACAAGACCGUUGAUGUUAAUUGAUUAUCAUCAUUCGUGUAUUUAUAUUAUAUCUAUACAUCAUAAUUAUUGAUUAUAUGUGUACAAUAUAAUACAAUGCAUUCAUCAGUCAACACACAUGCUCACACUACACGCGUAGUUACUAACAUUAUGCCAUUAUACAUAUAUACUGAUUCAGAAACAUCAAGUAAGCAACAUUUUUAAUAAAUUAUUUUGAAAGUUGA